AGCCUAUAUGGUCAAAUAAACCAUAACCUUACCUUGUUGAUGAAGCUGAUUAAGCUACAGCUACUAUUAAACAAUCCAUUUAACGAAGACCAAUUUGGGAUCAAAAGAGGAAAUACAAAAUCUAAGAGAAGAAAACAUAAGUAGAGUAGAAUCCCUAAAUAUAUAAAUUAUGAAGAUUGGCUCAAAUAAAAAUAUUGGGAUGCGGACAAAUAGGCAGUAAGGGUUGGACAGACAGUGUCUUAAAAGCUGAUCCCUUUCUUAAAACAUGACCUCCAUGAGAAAUAAUUACAGAGCAAAGAAAUAGAUACAAAUAAAAAGACAUGUAUGCACACAAAGGACAAAAAAACACCUCCUUGACAAGAAAAUACCUCCCUCCUAUCUAAUGAGAGCUGCUGUAGCUAAUACCAAUAAGAGGAACAGUCAGCUCCCUCUGUCAAAGACCAAUUUGGCCGCAGAAGAACUGAAGAGGGUUAACUCGGGGAAGGGGCGGGGUUUAGUGAUUGACAGACAGCAGUAGCGGAGCGCUUCGCUCCUUCAGAUAACAAGUUCACUGUACCGUGAGUUAUACGCAGUUACUUUAUACUGUGUGGUAUGACAAUGAUCUGCAAAUAGGUUAAUGUUAUGGAUCCUACAGAGUGCUUUUGGUUUUAAUAUUGCGCCGCUGCAGCCUGUCUCAGAUCACGUUUUAUGUGAACAUGCAGAUGGACUUUGGUCACCGUUACAUGUUUGAUUUCUUUCCCUCCCUCUCUCCAGGAAGUAGAGACGUAGGGCCAUUCCCCUAAUACGACUCCGUGGUGACGUACCAGGAAAAGAUUCAUAUUAAAGUGCGCCUCGCUCCGAUAAACUUCAGUAGAAAUUAGAUGCCAUGGCCUCCCCCGCUGCUUUCCUGUCGGAGGAGCAGUUUGAGUGUUUUCUCUGCCAGGACAUCUUCACCGACCCCGUUUCCAUCCCAUGCGGACACAGUUUCUGCUCCGCCUGCAUCCGAGGCCACUUGGACGACGGCCGCGUCCCCGGCGGCUGUCCCAGAUGUAAUCGUAUCUUCCAGGGUCGGCCCGAGCUGUGCGAGAACUCCUUCGCCCGGGAAAUGGCACAGCGGAUCAGAGCGAAGAGGCAAACCGGCAAAGUGUCCGCCACGGGUCACCAUACCGCCGGCGACGUCCUUUGCGACGUGUGCAUCGGGGAGAAGCGGACGGCCCUCAAGUCGUGCCUGGCGUGCCUCGCCUCCUAUUGCGAGCCUCACCUGGAGCCUCACCUGAGGGUUGCCACCCUGAGGAUCCACAAACUGAUAGAGCCCGUGGCCGACCUGGAGGACCGGAUAUGCCGGAGACACCAGAGGCUUCUGGAGCUCUUCUGCCGUAGCGACCGGACGUGCGUAUGCGUGUUGUGCACCGAGACUGACCACCGCUGCCAUGACACCGUCCCAGUGGAGAGAGAGGGCAGAGACAGGCAGGCGCAGAUUAAAAAAAUGGAGGCAGAUGUUGAGCAGAUGAUCCAGGACAGACUGACAAAGGUGGACGAGAUCAAGCAUGAUGUGGAGCUCAGCAAAAAAAACUUAAAGCAAGACAUAGAGGAUAGCAGGGAGGUCUUCACCGCACUGGUGCGCUCCAUUGAGACGGGAUGUGCUGAGCUGGUGGAGGUGAUCCAGAGGAAGCAGAGAGAGGCAGAGAGCAGAGCUGAGGGCCUCCUCACCGAACUGGAGUGGGAAAUUGUCGAACUGGAGAAGAAGAGAACUGACCUGAAGAGCCUCUCCCACACUGAGGACCACCUCCAUCUCCUACAGCGAUUUUCAUCUCUGAGUUCUCUUCCAUCCACCAAGGACUGGUCUGGAAUAGUUGUCCAUUCAGACAACGGCGUGGGCAUUGUGAGGACAGCGGUGUCCAACAUUAAGGACAUGCUGCGACUGGCUGUAAACAAGCUUUCCAUUCAAGAGCUGGAGAAGGUGCAGCAGUAUGCAGUUGAUGUUCAUCUGGACCCCAGAACAGCCAACCCCUGGCUGGUUCUGUCAGACGAUGGGAUGCGGGUCUGGGAUGGGGAAGUUGAACAGAGACUGCCAGACUCACCAGAGCGCUUCGACAUAGCGCCAUGUGUUCUUGCCAACAGGGGUUUCAUCACCGGGAGACACUACUGGGAGGUCGAUGUCGGAGACAAGACAGCAUGGGACCUGGGUGUGGCUCGACAGUCGGUCAACAGGAAGGGCGUGGUCACGCUAAGCCCCGACGAUGGUUAUUGGGCCAUUUGCCUGAGGAAUGGGCGGGAGUACCGGGCAUGUGCGGGACAAGCGGUGGUGCUGAGUGUCUCUCAGAGGCCGCAGAUCGUCGGGGUGUUUGUGGAUUAUGAGGAGGGGACAGUGUCCUUCUACGAUGUGGAGGCCAAGUCGCACAUCUACUCCUUCCUCAAUUUCCACUUCACCGAGGCCGUUUUUCCCCUCUUCAAUCCGGAUAUGAGUGACGGGAAUAACAACACGUCACCCCUCAUCAUCCGUCCUGUCAGUGGUACUGGUGGAGCGGAGGCUUUGGAUGACAUAACUAUAUGACUUGAAAGCUAAAUCAACAGGGGUUUUUCUCCCCCCUGUCAUUGGUUCCGCUUUUUACCUGAUAUUAUAUUGACAGAGAUGGGAGUGAUGGUAUGAAGAAGGUGACACCAAACAGAGGCAUCCAGCUGAAUUGUCAUUUUUGUAAAAUUGUUUCAUAACUCUGCCGAAGGAGUUUUUUCCUGUGGUAGUAUGAAGAGUUUCAUUCCAACAUGUUACAUAUUGAUUUUUUUGGAAAAAAAAGUGUACAUUUAACACUGUCCAAAAAAUGUCUUUGCAUGCAACUUUACAUAAUGUGUUGCUCUCCAACAGUUAUCCAGUGAAUGUAACUAUCUUUGUUGAUGAGAAAUGUCUCCUUUUAAGUUGUAACCCUACAUAUACACUGUAAAAACCUGGGCUUUUUUCAAACAAAUACACUGCACUGACAGUAACGUCAUAUGCCUGCUUAUUCAAUGAGGAA